AUGAGCUCGGACUGCGAAAGUUACUACAGCAAAGAGAACGUGUUCGUGGAGGGCUUCACGUGUCCGAAAGCGGACAGUGACACCACGGCACUUUUCUGCUGCGGGUUUAGUGACUUGAAGUACUGUUGUGAUGACCCCAACAGCUUUUUCCCCUACGACUAUGGAUACAUGUGGUGGUUAAGUCUUGGGGCUCUUGUGGGUCUCUCUGUAGCCGCUGUGGUUCUCCUUGCCUUCAUCAUUACUCUUUGUGUCCUCUGCUGUCUGUUCAUCACCACCAAACCCAGAGGUCUGGACAAUGGGCUGCCACUCCGAGCACCAGGUUCUACAUCGACUCCACAAGGUCCAGAACCGAGUCAUACCAGCGCACCAUCUGGACCUCAAGGCCUCAGGAAACACUUCCUGAGCGGCAAGCUGGACUGUGACAACCAGCCCCCAGACCCAGAUCGCCUUUUCCAGCGUUGUUUCAUGGCAACUGUGACAUCAAUCAACGUCGAGGGUCCUGCAUAGAUUCGUGGACUAUUUGACUUUACACCAGCUAGUUUUACUUUGAUUCUUAUAUUUUGGCUGCCCUCAUGUUUACUACUGUAGUAUCCUUCGUCUUCAGAAGGCUACAAGUUGGGCUAAAUUUCGAUUUCCACA